CUCUCCUUUCUCCUCUCUCCUCUCUCUUGAUGGCAACCUUGGAAGUGGAAGCUCCAAAAACAGUGACCAAGAAAAUAUCAGAAGAUGAUUCUAUAGACGAAGACGAGCUCUCCCCAAUAGAAGAAGUCCGGCUAACCGUGCCCAUCACAGACGACCCGACGCUCUCAGUAUGGACCUUCCGAAUGUGGUUCCUGGGUCUACUCUCCUGCGUACUCCUCUCAUUCCUCAACCAGUUCUUCGCAUACCGCAGAGAGCCACUCAUCAUAACCCAGAUCACCGUCCAGGUGGCAACACUCCCAAUCGGACGGUUCAUGGCCGCUGUGCUUCCCACAGCCCAGUUCCACCUUCCGGGGUUCGGGUCAAGAAAGUUCUCUCUUAAUCCGGGUCCGUUUAACAUGAAGGAGCAUGUUCUUAUUUCCAUAUUUGCUAACGCCGGAAGUGCUUUUGGGAGUGGGUCAGCUUAUGCCGUUGGGAUUGUUAAUAUCAUUAAGGCCUUCUAUGAGAGGAGUAUUUCUUUCAUAGCUAGUUGGCUUCUCAUCAUUACUACGCAGGUUUUGGGAUAUGGUUGGGCUGGCCUCCUAAGGAAGUACGUGGUUGAACCGGCACACAUGUGGUGGCCUAGCACCCUCGUCCAGAUCUCACUUUUCCGUGCCCUCCAUGAAAAAGAAAAUGAAGAUGGCAUGGAAGAUGCUGCACAUACACAUGACAAGAAGCAGCGAAUGUCGCGGUCAAAGUUUUUUGUGGUUGCACUAACAUGUAGUUUCUGCUGGUACUUGUUCCCAGGUUACUUCUUCCAAACACUUCAAAGCAUCUCAUGGGUGUGCUGGGCAUUUCCAAACUCAGUCACUGCCCACCAAUUAGGUUCAGGCUUUAGUGGUCUAGGACUUGGAGCUCUCACUCUGGACUGGUCAGCAGUAGCAUCCUUCUUGUUUAGCCCUCUCAUUUGCCCAUUCUUUGCCAUUGCCAAUGUCUUUGUAGGCUAUGCCUUGAUCAUUUAUAUAGUCAUUCCUAUCUCUUACUGGGGGUUUAAUGUGUACAAUGCCAAAACAUUUCCAAUAUUUUCGGCAGACUUGUUCACUGCACAAGGUCAGGAAUAUAACAUUACAAAUAUUGUCAAUAAUAAGUUUGAGCUGAAUCAAGAACAGUAUGAUAUUCAAGGAAGAAUCCACUUGAGCAUGUUCUUCGCUCUCACGUAUGGAUUUGGAUUUGCCACCAUUGCAUCUACACUUACUCAUGUUGCCUUGUUCUAUGGAAGGGAGAUUUAUGACCGAUACCGAGCUUCUUCUAAGGGAAAGGAGGACAUUCACACAAGACUGAUGAAGAAUUACGAAGACAUACCUGCCUGGUGGUUUUACUUGCUUCUUGCAGUGACAAUGUUGGUUUCACUUGCACUCUGCAUCUUCUUUAAAAAACAGGUUCAGAUGCCAUACUGGGGACUUCUAUUUGCAGCUGCCCUUGCUUUCAUAUUUACCCUUCCCAUAAGCAUUAUUACUGCCACCACAAAUCAGACUCCGGGGCUUAAUAUCAUCACAGAAUACAUAAUGGGUCUAAUAUAUCCUGGAAAACCAAUAGCCAAUGUCUGCUUUAAGACUUACGGCUAUAUGAGCAUGACUCAAGCAAUCUCCUUUCUCAGUGAUUUCAAGUUAGGCCAUUACAUGAAGAUCCCUCCAAGGUCAAUGUUCUUGGUUCAGUUUCUAGGAACCAUCAUAGCAGGAACAAUCAAUCUCAGUGUUGGAUGGUGGCUGUUGGACUCAAUUGACAACAUAUGCCAGAAGGAUAAGCUUCCAUCAAACAGCCCUUGGACAUGCCCCAGUGACCGUGUCUUCUUUGAUGCAUCUGUCAUCUGGGGCUUGGUUGGUCCCAGGCGGAUUUUCGGCCCUUAUGGCAACUACCCUGCUCUCAACUGGUUCUUCCUUGGUGGAAUAUUAGGACCAAUUGUAGUGUGGCUGGCACACAAGGCAUUCCCAAAGCAAUCCUGGAUUCCCCUCAUUAACCUUCCAGUACUACUUGGAGCAACUGCCUAUAUGCCACCAGCAACAGCAUUGAACUAUAAUUCAUGGAUUUUGGUUGGGACAAUAUUCAACUUCUUCGUCUUCAGGUACCGGAAGAAAUGGUGGCAGAGGUAUAACUAUAUUCUUUCGGCAGCUCUGGAUGCUGGGGUGGCUUUCAUGGCGGUUUUUCUUUACUUCACUGUGGGGAUGGAGGACAGAAAUGUAAAGUGGUGGGGUACUGAUGAUCCUGAGCAUUGUGAUUUUGCAAGUUGCCCCACAGCCAAGGGUAUAUCAGUGGAUGGUUGUCCUACUUUCUAGUUCUCAUAUUGUCCUACUCUCUAAACCUUAUUUGGAUUUGGUUGUUGAUGUUUACACUUCACACUGAAAGUGGAAGCAGUGUAAAAAUGCUUGAAGAAACACAGAAUAGAUGCCUUAUAAGAUGCUGGAACCACUUAAAAAGUUGUUAUUAGCUGUUUCUUUGAGUCUAUACUUGUGGAAUUUAGUUUGGUUUUCAUGCUUAUCUUGUAAACUAAUUGAAACUUUGCUAUAUAAAUGAACAAUACAGAAUCUUUAUUUAGUGGAAAUUAAUUCAUGCUAAAGGCUUUUGGUAGCCUUUGUUACUGGCUAGACAGGUUAGGGAGGUAUGGUGCACCAUGGGCAGCAGCAGGAGUAUUUGUUGGCGGGCGUGCCUAUCACACCCGUCAGUCGUGCCUUGCAUUGCGAUGAGCCUAGCGAUAGUUACACAACUCGACACGCCAAUGUUG